AUCGGUGCACGUCAACAGAUGACGUCACCCCAGCCAGUUCAUUUAUCUAGAAGAGGGACAUCCACAGAGAGCAGUCACCGUGUCGGGGGGACCGACUGCACGAUGUGGCCCGUGUUACCGCUGCUGCUGCUCGGUCUGCUGCAACCCUGCACCGUGGGCUCCCAGUUCACUCAGCAAUGCAACUCAUCAGUGGAAGGCACCAUUUACAAAUACAGAGCAAAGACUCUAAAUGGUAGUCAGACUGUGAACUUCAGUGACUACGCAGGCAAGGCUGUCCUCUUUGUCAACGUGGCUACAUACUGAGGACUCACCUAUCAGUAUGUGGAACUGAAUGCACUGUAUGAGGAGAUGAAACCACAUGGGUUAACUAUUCUUGGCUUCCCCUGCAACCAGUUUGGAAAACAGGAACCGGGGCAAAGGCAUGAAAUCCUGCCAGGUUUAAAACACGUUAGGCCUGGCAAUGGAUUCAUUCCAAACUUCCUGCUGUUUGAGAAAGGUGAUGUGAAUGGGAAAAAUGAGCAAGAGGUUUAUACUUUCCUUAAGAGCUCUUGCCCCCCUGUCGGAAUCGACUUUGGUCCCAUGUACGGCCGGCUCUUCUGGGAGCCUCUAAAGAGUACCGACAUCAAGUGGAACUUUGAGAAGUUUCUGGUGGGAAGGGAUGGGAAGCCAGUGAUGAGGUGGCACCCGACCAUCAAAGUUUCUGUGGUCCGAGCUGACGUCCGGAGAUACCUGCUCGAACAGUACGCAAAGGAUGUCUUUAAUUAGAUCUGAUCGAUCAUUUAGUAUUGUCUGUCUAAUGAAGUAAGUGUAAUCAGAUGCAAAUGAUUAGUAGAACUUAGGUAGCUUGAUGAGGAGUAAUGUUACAGUUUCUUGUACCGUGAAGAUGGCAUGUUGAAUGAAGAGGAGGCUUGAAAACAGUUACUCUGUGGUGCCUCUUUGGAAUCUGGGAUUUAGGCCAGCCUUUCAGUGCAUUCAGGCUGCCCUGCAAUCCCACAGCACCAUGUCAUCUUCCCAUCUCAGGACUUGUUAACCAUUACUGUCUAAAUGUUGAUUACUUUCAAUAAAUCAUGGAGAAUAACA